CGUAUGAUGCCAAGAGUACGGUAGAUGCCUUUCAGUUCGAGUUCGAGAAUGGGAUAAAAGUCAUCGAGGAAGAAUCUGUAAAAGAUGACAUCUUCACGCAAAUCCACCCGCCUAAUAUGCAAGGAAAUACAGCUGCAGGCUCCAGAGUCCCCACUACAACUCCUACCUCCCCCUCCAAUAUGCAGGAUGACAAAUGCAGAGAGAGUCAAAGCAUGGAGAGAGAAAAUGAAAAACCAAAAUCCAGAAAAAUACCAAGAUUACUUGGAUAAAAACAGGAAAAAAUGCAAGAAAUUUCAAGAAACUAGGUCAGAGGAGCAGAAGGCAAAAGAAAAAAUUAUUUCCAGAGAAAGAGUGCAGAAGUAUCGAAAGGAGGAGAAACAAAAGGAAAAUACUAAAAAGGUGACGACCCGACAGGACAUUGCUGCCGACAAUCGACAAAGAGAGAAGUGGCGAAUACAAAAGAAGAAGCAGAGAGAAGAAAUGACCCCACAGCAAAAGAGACGAAAGAAAGAGGCUAGGAGGGAAUUCUACAAGCAGAAAAAGGAGUCUGAAUGGAUGAAAAUUUCAGUGUCCAUUCCAAGUGAAACGGAUAAUGGUCAGAUGGAUGCCGAAUUGAUUGAAAGUCGCACACCGGUUGCUCAGCGCAAAGCCUUGCAGAGAGCUAGAUGUGCCCUAUCUAAAAGUCCACGAAAGUUUGUGUCGACCGUAACAGCACUAGUGAGUCAAUCUUCGCCAAGAAAGCAACAACUGUUUAAGAAACUGAACUUACUUCAGGGGGAGAAACAACAUAAAGAGCAGCAUAUGGGACGUCUGUUCCUCAAAGCUGUGCAUCGUUUACGUUGCAAAAACCUUUUUGGUAAUCGUUUGACUCGCCGUCUUCUUCUCAGUGUAUGCAAGGUGGGUGGCUCUUACAGAAUGAGGAGUUCUCUGCUCGGCAUAAACAGAAAAACCUUGCAAAGACAUGAAAAGCCUAAGCACAAGCCUAUGGGAAUUAAGAAAGAAGCAGAGAAGAAAGCUGCUGAGUUUCUUCAGCAGGAAGCUACACAACUGCCUGACCAAAAACGUGUCAGUAAAAAGACAGGGAAAAGCACAUUACUCUUAACACAACCUCUCCGCGAUCUUCACAAGCGCUUUGAAGAAACGGGACUUAGAGUCAGUUUUUCUACAUUUGCAAAGUGUCGACCAUCAAACGUGAAGCUAAUGGCACAGGCACGUGUAAGACAGUGCCUUUGUGAAUACUGCACCAAUGUGGGAUUGAAACUGUUGACGCUGAACAAGGUUGUUGCAGCACAGAAGGUGCUAAGAAAUUUGUGGAUGGUCUUGGUCGCCAUGGAAAAUUCAACACUGCCAAUUCAAAGCUGUGAGAGAGAGUGAUGAUGUGCUGGGGACAGUAUUCUGUUAGUUUGAUUCCACAGAGCAUGUGUCAUGUCCAGUGAACAUGGGACAUGUGUGUGUACAUACAGAUGUACCUCACUUUGAAAGAGUAUCCUGUGAUUGAUCGUUCUCUGUGUGAGUGUGACAUUUGUACAAAAAGAUAUAUCUCACCUGUGAGUUCAUUUCAGUAGAACAUGUUUUAUAUCUAGCAAGUUUGCUGUAUUCAUGUUUUUUAGAAAAUGGAUACAACAUAUGAAAUGGCAGCUAAAUUAAAAACAAUUCUACUAGAUUGAUUUUUAAUUUUUUAAUUUAUAUCAACACACAUGACUGGUAAAUGUAAAGACUGCAAAAAGUGUAGGUUUUAAUUUUAAUGUCUAAAAAUUUCUUCAUUUUUUUUCUCUUGUUUUUGUCGACACUAACUUGAAACUUAGCUAUGUACCUAGCAUUGACCAGCCACCAUGGUUUUAUCUUACGGCGGGGUGUAUCUUAAAUUUAUGAUCAGUAGGACUACCGGUACUUUCAUCGAUUUGCUUAAAGUUAACAAUCAUAUUCUACGGCAAUCUAUCUAUAAGUUUUAAACAAGAUGCGACAUAGUUUGUAAAUCAUAUAUGACGUAAGUAAUUAUUUGUGAGUUAUAUAUGACGUAAGUAAUUAUCUGUGAGUCAUAUAUGAUGAAAGUAAUUAUUUGUGAGUCGUAUAUGACGUAAGUAAUUAUUUGUGAGUCAUAUAUGACGUAAGUAAUUAUUUGUGAGUCAUAUAUGACGUAAGUAGUUAUUUGUUAGUCAUGUAUGACUUAAGUAACAAAAGGGCACUAACUCCAAUGAAGAUAUUUUUAAAGUUCCGGUAUGAUACAUGUAUGUGCAAUAUGAGAUAAAGACUACCGUAUAUCGCUGUGUAUUAGCCGACUUUUUGAUACAAAAUUUAUCAAGUCAAAGGCUGGGGUCGGCUUA